ACACGCUUCCCCUCUCCCUCCCCCUCCUCAAGGCCGAAAAGGCAAGCCAAACCUGCAGCCGACGAAGGCUUUUGGGAUUGUAGCGUGUGCACCUUCAGGAACAGCGCCGAAGCCUUCAAAUGCAGCAUCUGCGAUGUCAGGAAAGGCACUUCCACGAGAAAACCUAGAAUAAACUCUCAGUUGGUGGCACAACAAGUUGCCCAGCAAUAUGCAACCCCACCGCCACCUAAGAAGGAGAAGAAGGAGAAAGCGGAAAAACAAGACAAAGAAAAACCUGACAAAGAGAAGGAAAUUAGUCCAAGUGUUACAAAGAAGAACGCUAACAAGAAGACUAAACCAAAGUCAGAUAUUGUGAAAGAUCCUCCUAGCGAAGCGAACAGUAUACAGUCUGGGAAUACUACAACAAAGACCAGCGAUUCAAAUCACACUUCAAGACCCAGACUGAAAAAUGUGGACAGAAGUACUGCGCAGCAGCUGGCAGUCACAGUGGGAAAUGUCACAGUAAUUAUCACAGACUUUAAAGAAAAGACUCGCUCCUCUUCCACGUCAUCUUCUACAGUGACCUCCAGUGCAGGAUCAGAACAACAGAAUCAGAGCAGCUCGGGCUCUGAGAGCACAGACAAGGGCUCGUCCCGUUCCUCCACGCCAAAGGGGGACAUGUCGGCAGUCAACGACGAAUCUUUCUGAAAAUUGCACAUGGAGUUGUGGAAACUAUGAAUCAGGGUAUGAAAUUCAAACACUCCACCUGCCCAUGCUGUUCAAAUCCUGGAGAGCCUCUUCUGUGCUUGAACACACACUUUCUUGGACAUCGACCUCUUACUGAUGCAACCAGGAUAAUUUCUGCUUGCCGUGGGCAUCUGGCCACCAAGGAAUUUCUUGCCCUAACGAUUACUCUUGACACUUUUAUGUAUUCCAUUGUUUUAUAUGAUUUUCCUAACAAUCAUUUAUAAUUGGAUGUGCUCCUGAAUCUACUUUUUUAUAAUAUCUGCUGUGCACAAUUUUCCAUGAACAUUACAACUUUUUGUUUUGGGGUAGGGAGCGGGUGGGGAGGGAAGGG